UUGUAUUUAUAAGUUUGAAAUUUAAACAAAGAUAAGUUUUAUAAAACUUAUAUCAAGUAUUACUGGUAUUACAAGUUAUAGUUUACAACUACGAGUAUCGAUAGUAUAAUGAGAAUGGACGUGAAAUUUGUUUUCUUCAUACUUAUGCCUCCUAUUGUCUUACUGGAAGCAGAAGAAAAUCUCUUGGGAGACUUACAAGAAUUUUUUCGGAAAAUGGUCAAUUAUCUGUUUCCUAAGGAUCCUGGUAUAAUGAGAGUAAGAAAGUUACAAGAUGUCAGAACAGUGAAAAAUGUAACCACAUUGGAUUUUAUUGGUUUAGUAGAGAGAUAUGGUUACCCCGCCGAGGAGCACUACCUCACAACAGAAGAUGGUUAUAACUUGGUAAUACAUAGAAUAUCAGAAAGCCCUUUAUCUAAAGAUCAACAGAAAAGAAAAGUAGUGUUCCUUCAACACGGCGGCUUCCUCUCAUCUGAUUCCUGGGUGUUGUUUGGUGCUGACAAAGACCUUGGUGGAACCAAUGGAAUUGAACCGGGUUAAUUUCAAAGGCAUUGUUCUUCUGUACCGCCAACUUACAGGACUGACGCAACUUUCAGCAAUAAUUUUUUUCCAAACAUUUUUUGAUAAAUUGCCUUUAACCAAUAAAAAGAGAAUUAAAAAUAAA